CAGUUUCCAAGGCCCCAUUGUCCUGUUCAAGCACAGGGGCAGAACAAAUAUCCUCUAACUAUGUGCCUCGAGAGAGAUUGAAAAUUCACAUGUUAAAAGUAGGCAAAGAGAACAGCACAGAGACAUGAAGACUGAGAACAUGGUCAGAAUUCAUACAAACUCUAGUGUCGUUACGGCUCAGUGUUAUUGACAGGGAGGUUUGCUGUACUAACUUUCUUAGGUUUCUAGUGAGUGUAGGGUCUGUGGGGGCACACAAUCAUGUCUCUUCCACUGGAUAUAUGCUCUAAAAAUGGAGACGCCUCGCUGGGCACUCUGGAGAAACAACUCAUCUGCCCCAUAUGUGAAGAGGUCUUCACGAAACCAGUAGUCAUUCUGCCCUGCCUGCACAACCUUUGCCGCAAGUGUGCCAAUGAACUGUACCAGCCAUCUCUCUUCCAGAUUGGAGUUGGAGGACGCUUUCGCUGCCCUACCUGUCGGCGCGAAGUUGCCUUGGACCGUCAUGGAGUUUAUGGACUGCAGCGCAAUUUACUUGUGGAGAACAUUAUUGAUGCUUACAAACAAGAUUCUGCAAGCUCUAGGCCCCCACCAAAGCCUCUUGCACAGCUUACCUGUGAGGAGCAUGAUGACGAGAAGCUCAAUAUUUAUUGCAUCACAUGUCAGGUGCCCACCUGCUCAUUGUGUAAGGUGUUUGGGGAGCACAUGUCCUGCCAAGUAACUCCCCUACCUGACAUCUACCAGCAGCAGAAGGCUGAACUCAGUGACAGAGUCGCUUCCUUGGUUUCCACAAUUGACCAUGUCCAAGCUUUUGUCAAUGAACUAGAGGCAAUGUGUACGAAUAUAGAGGAGAAUAGCAGGAUCCAGAAGCAGAUUCUGUGUGAGAAGUUUGAUCGCAUGAAUGCCAUUUUGGAGGAACGUCGUAAGAUCAUGACCCAGCAAAUUACUUCUGAGCAGGAAGAAAAGGCUGGUUGGGCCCAAUCUUUAGUGCAGUCCUAUAGUGGACAUGUAGAAACAAACUCAAUGUUAAGGCAGACUGCCAUGAAUGCAAUGGAAGAGUCAGAGAUGGCUGCUUUUGUACAGACCUCAAAAGAUCUUAUUGAGAAGGUUGGUAAAGCAUCUAGUUGCUUCACUCUGGAGACCAUAGAGCCUGGCUUUGAGGAGAUGGAUCACUACAAGGUGAAUUUUGAUGCAGAGGAAAGAAUGCUCUUUCAGCUGGAUUUCAUGAACAUUGAAGAGGAAGUGGAAGACACAUCUGAUGAGCCAGAGUCAGAACUGGAGCCUGAACCUGAGUUUGAACCUGAACCACUGUCUAACCCAGAACCUGACACUGAACUAGAUCAGGAUCUCAAAUCAGAGGGCUCUGAGAUGCAGAGCCCCAAUCCAGAGACAAUGGAGGAUACUUUGGCACGAGCACAGAGUUGUGCAGACAUCAGAAAGGCUAUAUGUGAGAAGAAUGGUUUAAGCACUCAGCAGACUGUCACCCUCCUCCUUUACUUCCUGUGCUUCCUGGUUAUCCUACAGCGAAUAUGGGGUAGCAUUCAGUGCAUUAUUUGUAUAUAGCGGAGAUGUCGAGGCACAGUCACCAGGUACCUGCAGCCUAAUAAUUCUGAACCUGUGUUAUUACCAUCCAACUUCUUAUUUCUGUAUUGAUUCUGCACUUUACCAAUCCAUCUUUCAUUUCCUUUAUUCCUUUAUAAUAACAUAGAGCUACUGCAGAGCAUUUUGAAUGUAUGUGAAAUGCAGCAUUGCUUAGGAUUCAUGUUGAAAUGGAUGAUAAUUUAAAAUAUAUUGGAACUGGUGACAUGUCUUUGUUUCAUCAUGCAAGAGAAUCUGACCCACAAAAGCUUGAAAAGAGCUCAAAAGAAAGAAAGAAAGAUGUUUCACCCAUGUAAACCUCCCACACCUACAGAGAAGCAAAUUGGGCCAGUGCUCCAUUAUCAAGGUUUUGUUUAGGAAUGUUAAAAAAACUCUGUUCUUAAAAUGUUGAUUCUACAAAAUUUCUGCAGACUGCCUCACCUGUGAGCUCUGCACUGGAAGGACUGAGCCCUCCAGUGGUCAACAGUGUGCUGAUUCGUUUAAGCUUAUCCUUCUCCAGACUCAAUGUUGUCACAAAUAAGUGCUCAAAGUUCAAAGGUCUAUUAGCCAGAAUGGAGCACUGUGGACUAUCUUCUCGGUUUGAUUCUUGAAGAUUCCCUGUGUUGCAGUAAUCUAUUAAAAUGAUAGGUUUUGCAAAUUGUUGUGGAAAUGCACUAAUAAAUGUCUACUCUUUUGACAGCUAUAUAUGGUAGAAAUAGAUAUAUAAGGCAGAAAUAAUAUGAGUAGGAUGGUAGUAUUCCCUUCUGAACUCAUUGUGCCAUUGACUUGACACUUUCAGAUGUGGUUGUCAUUUAAGUGUAAUGAAAAUUUGUACAGUGUUGCAUUCAAUAAAAUGUUCUCCU